AUGCUAUCCCAACGAGCGACGACGCCUCGAAUACUGUCUAUACGCCCUCUUCGACCACCAUCAUCACUCCAAAAUGCCUCCAAACCGCGGCUGUUCACGCAAAAUUCGCCGCUUCUCCUCAUCGCCCAGCGCAGCAACGCGCUUCGUCCACAGCUCCCAUAUCUCACUCAACCCGCCUUCCAACGAGCCAAUGGCCCUUCGCAGCAACUGGCACGACUGUUGAGUACAGAAACACGAACAUAUGUGAAGGAACAGACGUGGCUGGCCGUGAAGUGGACCGUCAUUCCCUGCACCAUCCUCGCCUUGGCCACUAUCGUAUAUUUUGGCAUCUCGAUCGAGCUGGAGGAGCACGAGAAUCCGACGCCUGACGAAUGGACGCUGCUCACGCGACAUGGUGUGCGUGGCGCGAGGCACUUCGCCCAGCCGCGAUUGCUGGAGACGGCGGGCUUUAUCGAUUGGGCAAAAGUUGGAAGCAGGCUUCGUGCGGCGCUGAGCAGAUUGGAGGAUCCUGCAAUAGACGGCAAAGGAUUGACGGAGCCAGCGGGCGAAGGCGAAGAAAUUGUCAUCGAAGGGGUGGGGAGGGCGGGCUUUGAUAUCUCGGCGAAAUCGUGGGCGUGGAGGGCGGGCUACUACGAAGUCGUCAUGGGCUGUGCCGCCGCCGCAGAGCACCUGGACAGCAUGGUCAGGGACAAGAUAUCGGGUGGUGUCUUCCAAAAGGAGUUUGUUGUCGGGCCCAGUAAUCCUGAUCCUCGUCCCAUACCAGCCUACUUCAACGUCACGCCGCUGGAGGAAAACGUCGCCCCUGCUUCUCCCCCGCCCGAGACAUUUUACAUGCGGAUCCUCACCGGCAAGGGUUUCACCACCAAGCAGAAGAUGGAGGCAGCGCGGGCAUACGCGAACUGGCUCGACUUCAAAAACCUACCCGAGAGCGCCGAGGAGAUGUAUCGAUGGAGCCUGGACAUCGCCAAAUCUGCUCUUCCACUCGGCGUCGAUCCUGACGAGCUCAUUGACAGCAACACGGCAGUUUUGAAAAGAAGCCAAGCCUCCUCGCAAAUCACUCCAAACCUCCUUCGCGCCAGCACCGAUCUUGCCACUCACUAUGCCACAAACGGCAACGUCACAGCAGCUCUGCCUAUUCUGCUAUCAGUCCUCCGUGCUCGUCGGUCUACAUCCGUCUCACCAUUCCCUCCACCGCCCUCAUCGCAGCCCCAGGAAUCGACAGGCGGGGCGCUGGACAUCAUCUAUUCUCUCUUCUCCAAACCCAAAUUCCCUUCUCCACCACCAUCAGGCGACAACCCACUCAUUAGAAUCUCUGACAAACCAACCUGCGAAGAAAGCGCGCUUAUGCUCUACAUUGGCGAAAUCCUGUUUGCGUCCACCCCCUCCAAGGAGAGCCUGGGCUGGACCAAGCAAGCCGUCACCAUUGCAGGUGCGAACCUCUCUCAUCCAACGCCCACGGCAGACGUUGACGAAGGAGAAGAGAAGAGGAAAUGCAUGGAGUGUCUCGCAACGGGAGUGAGAAAUUGGGAGGUCAUGUUGAAUCGACUGACCUCUACCGGCGAAAUUGAUGCCGGCAAGAGCGGGUGGUUCAGCUGGGGAGGAGGACCCAGAAUUGACAGUCGGAUCGAGGUGGAAGAAGAAAAGACGCAGAUCGAAGCAUUGAAAGACAAGGUCGCAAGGGAGAGAAUCCACCAUCAAGCGAAAACCCCCAUAGGUGCACUGGCUCCAAACGCGGGUUGGUCACGCUGA